UUCUCAACCCUGAAACACACUGCCUCUUCUGCCCUUCUUCUCUUCUCUCUCCGUUCUCUCCUUCUUUUGCCCUUUUCCACCGAUCCUUUCAUUACCCGCCAAUUUCCCUCCUCCUUCUCCCUUUUCAAAUUUCUCUGUUUUCUUCUGCAACUCCCCCAAUUCUUAAAGGUCCCGACUUUCGCCUCCGAUCUGCUCUCCGCCACUUUGGGUCUUCGAUUCCCGGCGUUCUGGGGAUUACCCAGUUCGUCUUUUUUUUUUUUGUGGAUUUGGGGUCCAGUUUGUGGGAUGUGAAAUUGGGGCUGGAGCUAGGGUUUCGUUGAAUUGCAGCUGAGAAGAUGGUCUUUUCAAAUAUAAACGAGUAGUUGUUUUUAGAGGCAGUGUAUCUUCUUUGUUGAUUGAUUCCAUCAAUUCCAUGAGAUGAUGUUUGGACAAAAUCACAAUAUAGCACUUAGGCAGAAUCAGCAGAUACUGGGCCACAACCAUAGCCGAGACACUCAUGACCAUCAUCUGGCCUCCGCACAAGCUCAUGAGCAUCACUUGGAUAUGGGAGAUAAUAGACAUGACCUGGGUUUAGACCAUCCUCAUGACCACGAGUUGGGUUUAGAACAGGACCAUGACCAAGAUGGAGAUGAUGGUCACAGCUACAGACAUGAAAAUGAGUUAGGUAUGGAUCGGAAACCUGAUCUGGAUGACCAUGGAUUGUCUCUCCCUCCUCAGAACCAUGAGUUGGUUUUGGCUGAAAACAAUGAGCUGGCUGUCUCAGAUGACCAAGAACUUGAAGGAAAUAUGGAACUGGCCAUGGAUCAGAAUCAUGAAUUGGGCAUAGAAUCUAUGCAUGAUAUGAGUAUCCAGGAAUCCCAGCUGGCACUUAGCCCCAAUCCUGUACUUCAGGCUCGUAUGCCUGUUGCAAAUCCUCAUUAUGAAUUGGCAGUGGGGCAAGAGUUCCCUGAUGUCAAAAGCUGCCGCAGAGCCUUGAGGGAUACAGCUAUUGCCUCACACUUUGAAAUGCAGACCAUUAAAUCUGACAAGACUCGUUUCACUGCCAAGUGUGCCAGUGAGGGGUGCCCAUGGCGUAUUCAUGCUGCAAAGCUCCCAGGAGUUCCAACUUUCACAAUCAGGACCAUCCACGAGACUCAUACAUGUGGAGGAAUUUAUCAUCUUGGUCAUCAGCAAGCCUCUGUUCAGUGGGUUGCAAAUUCUGUGGAACAGCGGCUAAAAGAGAACCCUAAUUACAAGCCAAAGGAAAUACUUGAGGAGAUUCACCGAGUUCAUGGUAUCACGUUAUCCUACAAGCAAGCUUGGCGAGGCAAGGAGCGCAUCAUGGCAGCAAUGCGUGGAUCAUUUGAAGAAGGUUAUCGCUUGCUUCCAGAAUAUUGUGAACAGGUCAAACGAACUAACCCAGGGAGUAUAGCAAUAGUUUAUGGUAACCCAAGUGAUAACUGCUUCCAGCGUCUCUUCAUAUCAUUUCAGGCAUCAAUUUAUGGUUUCUUAAAUGCUUGUCGGCCCCUCCUUGGGCUUGAUAGAACAUAUUUGAAAAGUAAGUAUCUGGGCACUUUGCUUCUUGCGACUGGUUUCGAUGGUGAUGGUGCUCUAUUUCCACUGGCAUUUGGGGUUGUGGAUGAGGAGAGUGAUGAUAAUUGGAUGUGGUUUCUUUCUGAGCUGCAUAAUCUGCUGGAGCUUAAUUCAGAAAACAUGCCUAGGCUUACAAUUUUGUCAGACAGGCAGAAGGGCAUUGUUGAUGGGGUUGAAGUAAAUUUUCCUACUGCUUUCCAUGGAUUUUGCAUGCGUCACUUGAGUGAUAGCUUUCGUAAGGAGUUUAACAACACAAUGCUCGUUAAUCUUCUGUGGGAAGCUGCUCAUGCUCUCACUGUAAUUGACUUUGAUACAAAAGUUUUAGAGGUACAAGAGAUAUCUCAAGAUGCUGCAAUAUGGAUCAGACAAAUUCCACCCCGCUUAUGGGCUACUGCUCAUUUUGAGGGAACACGUUUUGGGCAUUUGACAGCUAAUGUGGUUGAAUCUUUGAAUAAUUGGAUAUUGGAGGCCUCCGGGCUUCCAAUAAUUCAGAUGAUGGAAUGCAUCAGAAGACAGCUAAUGACUUGGUUCAAUGAACGGCGAGAGACCAGUAUGCAGUGGACAUCGAUUCUUGUUCCUUCUGCAGAGAGGCGUGUAGCUGAGGCUCUUGAGCGGGGGCGCACCUAUCAGGUACUUCGCGCUAACGAAGCGGAGUUUGAAGUCAUAUCUCAUGAAGGGACAAAUAUUGUGGACAUUAGAAACCGUUGCUGCCUUUGUCGUGGCUGGCAGCUUUAUGGUUUACCAUGCGCCCAUGCUGUUGCAGCACUUCUAUCUUGCAGGCAGCAAGUCCAUCGAUUUACUGAGAGCUGCUUCACAGUUGCAACUUAUCGGAAGACAUACUCACAGACUAUACAUCCAAUUCCAGAUAAAUCUCUAUGGGCUGAGACGUUAAGGAUUGAGGGAGAAGAUCCUAAUGCAAGCAAUGCUCUUUCUGAGGUUUUAAUUAACCCUCCCAAGUCACUCAGGCCACCAGGUCGACCAAGAAAGAAGCGUGUUCGAGCAGAGGACCGUGGCCGAGUGAAGCGGGUAGUGCAUUGUAGUCGCUGCAACCAAACAGGCCACUUCAGAACCACAUGUGCAGCUCCAAUAUAGAUGGUCUGUAAAGCAGUCUGGGUAUGUUCGUCUGUGCAAAAGAAUUUUACUUCCUGAUUAUAAGUAGUUCACUAGUUUUUAGUUCGAUUGUCUAGUGCAUGCUGUAUUAUUAGAAUCUUAAUUGUGGGUAUCAAUCUCAUAAUCUGCUAUCCUCCUUAGAAUUGUUAAGUUAAUUUCAAGGGUGAGAUUUAUGAU